AAGCCACGCUCUGCGGGCCGGGAGGGGCUCUGAGCUGUGGUGGCCGCUACGCCGCGCCCGCUUGCGCUUGCUUUCGCCGGCUCGCCGGCUGGCUGGCCCCGCGCCGCAGGACCUGCGCUUCGCUUCCCCUGGCCAUGCAGCGCCUGGCCAUGGACCUGCGGGUGCUCUCCCGGGAGCUCUUCUUCUACCUGGAGCAUCAAGUCCGGGUUGGGUUCUUCGGCUCGAGAGUGGGCUUAUCCCUGAUUCUGGGCUUCAGCGCCGCUUAUGCCUGCUACUACCUGAGCAGCAUUGCCAAGAAGCCCCAAUUAGUGACGGGGGGUGAGAGUUUCAGCCGCUUCCUUCAGGACCACUGCCCGGUGGUGACAGAAACGUACUACCCGACGGUCUGGUGCUGGGAGAGUCGAGGACAGACGCUGCUGAGACCCUUCAUCACGUCCAAGCCCCUGGUGCAGUACAGGAAUGAACUUAUUAAAACUGCAGAUGGAGGACAGAUUUUGCUGGACUGGUUUGAUAAUGAUAACAGUAAGUGUUUUAUGGAUGCCAGCAUCAGACCGACUAUCUUAUUGUUGCCCGGCCUCACUGGAACAAGCAAAGAAUCAUAUAUCCUUCAUAUGAUCCAACUUAGUGAAGAAUUGGGAUACAGAUGUGUGGUUUUUAACAACAGAGGAAUGGCGGGGGAGAAUCUCUUGACGCCAAGGACGUACUGCUGUGCUAACACUGAAGACCUGGAGACGGUGAUUCACCACGUACACACUCUGUACCCUUCUGCUCCUUUUCUGGCAGCAGGGGUUUCAAUGGGAGGAAUGCUGCUUUUAAAUUACCUUGGGAAAAUUGGGCCAAAAACUCCUUUGAAGGCAGCUGCAACUUUUUCAGUUGGCUGGAACACUUUUGCUUGCUCGGAGUCGUUGGAGAAACCACUCAACUGGCUGCUUUUUAAUUAUUAUCUGACAACGUGCCUGCAGUCUUCAGUGAAUAAGCACCGGCAUAUGUUUGUAAAGCAGAUUGACAUGGAUCAUGUCAUGAAGGCUAAAUCCAUCAGAGAGUUUGAUAAGCGAUUCACUUCAGUCAUGUUUGGAUACCGAACAAUCGACGAUUACUACACUGAUGCCAGUCCAAAUCGUAGGCUGAAAUCAGUGGGGAUUCCAGUGCUGUGUCUGAAUUCUGAGGAUGAUGUUUUUUCACCCAGUCAUGCUAUUCCAAUAGAAACUGCUAAGCAAAAUCCUAACGUUGCUUUGGUCCUUACUUCUUAUGGAGGCCAUAUUGGUUUUCUGGAGGGAAUCUGGCCAAGGCAGUCCACUUACAUGGAUCGAGUCUUCAAGCAAUUCAUGCAGGCCAUGGUUGAGCACGGACACGAACUCUCUAGCAUGUAGUUCUGCAGGUGCAUUUUGUCUGAACGACCGUGUAAAGGCAGCUCAGCGGAGUGCACAGAUUUCAACUACUGUGUAUAAAGCCAAUAAACCAGCAAGUGGUGAAGAGGUCCAGAAUGACAUGCAAAAACUACUUUUUGAGGAAUCAAAACAACUUUGUAGCAAGAAAUGAAAUAUAGAUUUAGAUUGUAACUUAUGUAGAUUUUAUUUUUACUAUGCCUUACCAAGUAUGACCUUAAAUAAAGUAGUAUGAACAUGGAAUUGCACUUAACCAAAACUAUUGUGUAAAAAGAUUUUAAUUCCUCAGGGUUUUAAUUUAGGCUAGUAUUUUUUUAGAUUACUCAUUUUAGGUGAGUUAAUGGUA